AUGCCGAUCACCACUCCACGACAUCAAGACACCCCAACCUACACCACAUUACACCACCCUACGCCACAUUACACCAUCCUACGCCACAUUACACCACCCUACGCCACAUUACACCACCCUACACCAAAUUACACCACCCUACGCCACAUUGCCCCACCCUACGCCACAUUACACCACAUUCCACCACCCUACAUCACAUUACACCACAUUACACCACCCUACGCCACAUUGCCCCACCCUACACCACAUUGCCCCACCCUACCCCACCCUACGCCACAUCACACCACCCUACGCCACAUUACACCACCCUAUGCCACUUGCCCCACCCUACGCCACAUUGCCCCACCCUACCACACAUUGCCCCACCCUACACCACAUUGCCCCACCCUACGCCACAUUACACCACCCUAUGCCCACAUUGCCCCACCCUACGCCACAUUGCCCAACCCUACGCCACAUUGCCCCACCCUACGCCACAUUGCCCCACCCUACACCACAUUGCCCCACCCUACGCCACAUUACCCCACCCUACGCCACAUUGCCCCACCCUACGCCACAUUGCCCCACCCUACGCCACAUUGUCCCACCCUACACCAUAUUACACCACCCUACGCCACAUUGCCCCACCACAUUACACCACCCUACGCCACAUUGCCCCACCCUAUGCCACAUUGCCCCACCCUACGCCACAUUGCCCCACCCUACGCCACAUUGCCCAACUCUACGCCACAUUGCCCCACACUACGCCACAUUGCCCCACCCUACCCCACAUUGCCCCACCCUACGCCACAUUGCCCCACCCUACGCAACAUUGCCCCACCCUACACCACAUUGCCCCACCCUACGCCACAUUACACCACCCUAUGCCACAUUGCCCCAGCCUACGCCACAUUGCCCCACACUACGCCACAUUGUCCCACCCUACACCACAUUACACCACCCUACGCCACAUUGCCCCACCCUACACCACAUUACACCACCCUACGCCACAUUGCCCCACCCUACGCACCAUUGCCCCACCACAAUACACCACCCUACGCCACACUGCUCCACCCUCACCACAUUGCCCCACCAUACGCCACACUGCUCCACCCUCACCACAUUGCCCCACCAUACGCCACAUUGCCCCACCCUACGCCACGAUGCCCCACCAUACGCCACAUUACCCCACCCUAUGCCACAUUGCCCCACCCUACGCCACAUUGCCCCACCCUACGCCACAUUACCCCACCCUACGCCACAUUGCCCCACCACAUUGCCCCACCCUACGCCACAUUACCCCACCCUACGCCACAUUGCCCCACCCUACGCCACAUUACACCACCCUACGCCACAUUGCCCCACCCUACGCCACAUUGCCCAACCCUACGCCACAUUGCCCCACCCUACGCCACAUUGCCCCACCCUACACCACAUUGCCCCACCCUACGCCACAUUACCCCACCCUACGCCACAUUGCCCCACCACAUUGCCCCACCCUACGCCACAUUACCCCACCCUACGCCACAUUGCCCCACCCUACGCCACAUUACACCACCCUACGCCACAUUGCCCCACCCUAUGCCACAUUGCCCCACCCUACGCCACAUUGCCCCACCCUACGCCACAUUGCCCCACACUACGCCACAUUGCCCCACCCUACCCCACAUUGCCCCACACUACGCCACAUUGCCCCACCCUACCCCACAUUGCCCCACCCUACGCCACAUUGCCCCACCCUACGCAACAUUGCCCCACCCUACACCACAUUGCCCCACCCUACGCCACAUUACACCACCCUAUGCCACAUUGCCCCACCCUACGCCAUAUUGCCCCACCCUACACCACAUUGCCCCAGCCUACGCCACAUUGCCCCACACUACACCACCCUAUGCCACAUUGCCCCACCCUACGCCAUAUUGCCCCACCCUACGCCACAUUGCCCCACCCUACGCACCAUUGCCCCACCACAUUACACCACCCUACGCCACACUGCUCCACCCUCACCACAUUGCCCCACCAUACGCCACAUUGCCCCACCCUACGCCACAUUGCCCCACCAUACGCCACAUUACCCCACCCUACACCACAUUGCCCCACCCUACGCCACAUUGCCCCACCCUACGCCACAUUACCCCACCCUACGCCACAUUGCCCCACCACAUUGCCCCACCCUACGCCACAUUACCCCACCCUACGCCACAUUGCCCCACCCUACACCACAUUGCCCCACCCUACGCCACAUUGCUUCACCCUACACCACAUUGCCCCAACUCUACGCCACAUUACCCCACCCUACGCCACAUUGCCCCACCCUACGCCACAUUACCCCACCACAUUGCCCCACCCUACGCCACAUUACCCCACCCUACGCCACAUUGCCCCACCCUACACCACAUUGCCCCACCCUACGCCACAUUGCUUCACCCUACACCACAUUGCCCCAACUCUACGCCACAUUACCCCACCCUACGCCACAUUGCCCCACCACAUUGCCCCACCCUACGCCACAUUACCCCACCACAUUGCCCCCACCCUACGCCACAUUACCCCACCCUACGCCACAUUGCCCCACCCUACACCACAUUGCCCCACCCUACGCCACAUUGCUUCACCCUACACCACAUUGCCCCAACUCUACGCCACAUUACACCACCCUACGCCACAUUGCCCCACCCUACGCCACAUUGCCCCACCCUACGCCACAUUACCCCACCCUACGCCACAUUGCCCCACCACAUUGCCCCACCCUACGCCACAUUACCCCACCACAUUGCCCCACCCUACGCCACAUUACCCCACCCUACGCCACAUUGCCCCACCCUACACCACAUUGCAUCACCCUACACCACAUUGCCCCACCCUACGCCACAUUGCUUCACCCUACACCACAUUGCCCCAACUCUACGCCACAUUACACCACCCUACGCCACAUUGCCCCACCCUACGCCACAUUACCCCAACCUACGCCACAUUGCCCCAACUCUACGCCAUAUUACCCCACCAUACGCCACAUUACACCACCCUAUGCCACAUUGCCCAACUCUACGCCACAUUGGCAUUCCCAAUGAUUGCUCCACCCUGCACCACCCUAUGCAACUCUUUAUAAAGGGCUACCGACUCCGCUCACUUUACCUCUGA